GAUGAGGAACACAAGAUGUUGCAGAGGCUGAAUAAUUUGCAGUCACACAACUAAACGGCAGAAUUGGGACUGUAAUCCAGGCCUUCUGAUUUUAAACCAUGGGAUUAAUGAAAUUGUAUUCCAUCCCCUCCAUUGAUGUUUGCCUGGGCCCUGUCUUGUUCAGGAUAUCAACUGAGUAUUUUAAGUUAAUUUAAAGUUAGCAAAGCUCACCCUCCGCUACGCGCAUGCGUCCCUUCCUUUUCCCAUGGUAGGAAAAAAAAGACACCGCCUCCUUUCGCUUUGCUCCUCUUUUGGCCCCUGUGCUUGCCGUCGCCCGUGGGGAGGUGUUCACUGGUUGAAGUGAUGGCGACUGGGACCCCAGAUUCCCAAGCACGAUUCGGUCAGUCUGUGAAGGGGCUUCUCACGGAGAAAGUGAACACCUGUGGUACUGACGUGAUCGCGCUCACCAAGCAGGUGCUGAAGGGCUCCCGGAGCUCCGAGCUGCUAGGUCAGGCCGCUCGAAACAUGGUACUACAGGAAGAUGCCAUCUUACACUCAGAAGAUAGUUUAAGAAAAAUGGCAAUAAUAACGACACAUCUUCAAUACCAGCAAGAAGCUAUUCAGAAGAAUGUUGAGCAGUCAUCAAAUCUACAGGACCAGUUAAAUCAUCUGUUGAAGUAGAACGUGUUAUGAGAGUGCAAAAGCGCUUUGCCUGACACUGAGGAGGAAAUAUCUUACAUAACCACUGUGCUAUGGGUUUGAUUUUCCAUUUUCUUCUCUAAAAGUUAAGUUAGAAUAAGAUCUGUGAUGAUAAACAGUUUCUCCUGAAAGGAAGUUAAGUGACUGAAUUUUGAAAGCACUUCUUGAAUCAAACCAACCCAUGCUUUUAUUGAAUUUUUAAGUUGCUCUGUUAAUUUGAUGUUAAAGCAAAAUUAAAAGAUCUUAGUUUUUCUCAUAGAACUUUAAUAUGUCAAAAGCCAUAUUGUCUAAAUGUGUUUCUUAAGCAAAUACUGAGUAGUGUUUUAAAUUCAGACUUAAGAGCUUCUAUUGUGAAUGUAUAAGAAUGAUUAAUAUUGGUUUUAAAGACUUUUUUCUUUUAAUCAUACAUUCAGGAAAUAUUUUAAUUUCAUGGUCACAGAAUGGUGAUUAGGUAAUACCUGUUGUUUUCUUUUCUUUUCUAGUAACUAAGAGGAGAUAGUUAUUUUAUUUGUUGUAGCAAAUUCCUGCAUGAAAAUUAGGCAAAUGGUAUCAUAUCUGGCCAGCUGCAAC